AUGAUAGAACCCUCUGAAGACUCAUUUGAGACGAUGAUGGAGCGUAAGAAUCCAUCAUCAAAACAAAUGGAGUCCUCUGAGGGCUCAUCCAACACCGUCGUGGAGCCGGAAGGCAGCGGAGCACAGGGAGAGGCAGGCGCCACCCAGGGCCCGGCGCAGGAGGGCCAGGAGCUGGGCAGUGGUUCGCCUCAGGAGACCGAAGAGCUGCCUGCUGAUCUCCUCCAAGACAUGGAGGAGCCAUCCAGUGGCCCACUUAGGGGAACAGAGGAUCCACCCAAUGACCUACUCCAAGACGUGGAGGAGUCAUGCAACGUCUCUGACACGGCAACGGAGGAGGACCCACUGAGUGAGUCGUCUGAUGAAUCGGAAGCAACAUCAGUGUACCCGGCAAGCUCCCCGUAUGAAGACCACGACGACAGCACUAACCUGGCAUCUGAAGGGUCGAACACUGAAGAGGAGACCCAGACCGAGGACCCCGGUGAAGAUAUCAGAGAAACCAUGAACGCCGUCCUCUCGGUGUACUUCCGGAUGCAUGACCUCAAUGAACAACAAAGAGUGGCGGAAGAGCUCCUGAGGAAGGGGUUCGCUGCUGGCCAACUGCCCUCCCCAAGACCCUUCUCCGGGGACCGCAGAGAGUACCACGAGUUCAUCGUGCUCUGCCAACUGAUGUUACAAUGCUACCCAACAAUGUGCUGCAGUGACCGAGCAAGAGCUCAGUAUGUCAUCAACCACCUCUCUGGCUUUGCCUUGGAAUGGGCCGAAUCUCUGAUCCAGCAAAACAGCCCUGUGCUGGAAAGCUUCCCAGCCUUCCUAGAGGCUAUGUCAGAGGUGUUCGAGUACAGGUACACACUGCGUCUGGCAGAAGAGGCCAUGUUCUACAUCAAGCAGGAACAUCGCACUGCCUCCGAAUACAUCACUGACUUUCAGAGUCUCAUACCCACCUUACGCUGGCCAGAUGAAGUCCUGCAGGCCCACCUGUGCCAGGGGCUUAAUGAAGAUAUCAGGCAUUAUCUGUUCCGGUUGCCCCAGCCAGAUUCCCUGGAUAGUCUGAUUUUGCUCAUUCUGCAAAUAGAAGACAAGCUGGAAGAGCGCCAAGCGAUGAUGCGGCUGCCCCCAGAGGCCCGCCCACGGAACCUGGCCUGGAUGGACUCACCUGUUCCAGAGAAGUGGAUGGUCAGCAAAUGGCUGCCCGGUGCAUACCACCCAGGCAUCAACCGUCCCCACUUCUUCUUGCUGCUCCUGGUGAGGGUGAACCCCUACCACUGUGUCGCAGUCCAAGCUGUGGUCGACUCUGAGGCAGAGGGCAACUUCAUGGAUGAGAACUUCGCCCAAGAGCACUACAUUGAGCUGUACGAGAAGCCUGAACCUCGCGUGAUCCACACCACCGAUGGCUUCGGGGUGUUCGGCAGUGAGCCUAUCUGGCUGUACACUGAGCCAAUGGUGUGCAUGCAUCAGAACCACCAGGAGUCCAUUGAGUUUGACAUCAUACCUUCCUCUCAGUUCUCCAUCAUCCUGGGCAGCAACUGGCUGCAACUCCAUGCUCCUGAUGUCGACUGGGUCAGAGGCCGCCUGACCUUCCACUCUCCCUACUGCCUGAAGAACUGCUUCAGCCCAGCCCCAGCAUGCAUCGGACUGGAACACUAUAGCGUGAGCCUGCUGCCUGGAUUGCCGCACCCAUACUCAGACCUGGCCGAUGUGUUUAACCCGAGAGAAGCAGAUGAUGAGACUUCCGACCAGCCAAGCUCAGACGGAUCCGAUGAUCUUUCUGAAUCAGAGCCCUCUGAGCUUCAGCAGGCUGGAGACAGUGAUCACAGCGAGAUCUUUUACGAGUGUCCCUCCGCCGCGCCUUGGGAACCUGUGGGUGCCAGGAUGCAAGAAGCAGCGAGACUGGAGGAAGAAUACUGGGAGCUGCACGACAUGCUGACAGACAGACAGGACUACAUACAGAUGAUUCCGGAACUGUUUGACCAGUUACACGGAGCUACAUGGUUCACAAGACUGGUGCUGCGUGGGACCAUUGUGGAACAAGGCGCACACGGAGGCCGGACAGAGGACACAUGGAGAGCAGCAUUCGGCUUGGAGCCACAAGACAUGAAGGAGUACCAGCCCUUUGCGCUCUCCGCAGACCCUAUCAUCCCCCAGAACGUGAUUCACUUCAUCCUGAGGGACAUGCUAGGCUACUUUGUGGCCUCCUAUGGGCAGGAAGUGCUGAUCUAUUCCAUGUGCCUGCAGGAGCACAUCCAGCACGUCCGCCAGGUGCUGGUCUGCUUCCGACGCCACCACGUCUACUGCUCCCUGACCAGGAGCCAGUUCCACCGGCAGAGCGGUGAGAUCCUGGGCUUCCACCUGUCCCCCAGAGGGGUGAAGAUCAACAGGAGUGUCGUAGACGUGGUCAUGGACUACACCAUCCCACACUCCAGGAGGGAGCUGCAGACCAUGAUCGAGUUCAUGUUCCCCUACCGCCACUUUGUGGAGCGCUUUGCCAUCAUCAUAGAGCCCCUGGUGAGGCUGCUGCUGAGCUUUGACCCUUUCUACUGGGGUGCAGAGGAGCAGGAGGCCCUCGAGUGUCUGCAGAGGGCGUUCCGUACGGCGCCCCGUCUCUACCACCCUCGGCCUCAGAACCCGUUCUACCUGGAGACGGGCAUCACCUGCACCGCUCUGUACACAACCCUGAUCCAACUGGACGAGCACACGGGCAGGAGAGUCACCUGCGCUUUCUAUUCCCGCAACUUCUCCCCUAUAGAGGUCGAGUACUCUCUGGUGGAGCUGAAGGUCCUUGCAAUCCGGGCUUCCUUCAUGGUGUGGUGCCGCUACCUGGAGAACACCGAGGAGCCCAUCAUGAUCCUUCUCAACACAGAGGAUCUAGCCUCCCUGAAUAAUGACAGGCUCACCGUACUUCUCCCCGGGCAUUGGGUCUUCUUCUUCUCUCACUUCAACUUCGACAUCAUGGAGCCGCGGCACAUGGAUGGCAGCUGGCCCCCUGCGUCCCCGAGCAGCUGCAACCCGAGGGCCAUGAGGAACAGGGUGGCGCGGCCAGUCCUAUACUUGGCCACCCAAGGCCAGCCCCAGGAGGAGACCAGUGACUCCGACUCUGAGGAGGAGAGUGACCUCCUGUCAGAGCAGGGCGGGCUCAAUGAACUGAACCUGCAGCAGUAUCUUCUGAACCUGAUCCCCAUUGACCACAUCUUCAUCGACUUCCUGGCUCUCUUCAGCAGGGCCCAGAUCCGCUCUGUCCUCCUGCACUUCUUCCGGGGGAUCCUGCACUGGGGGAGCGUCCUGGCCCCCGCAUCCCUUCUCACCAUGAUGGAAGCCCGGCAGCAGCCCACACUGCUGCCUGCCCCCUCCAUGCUGGUGGCCCGGCCCGCACCAUGCCGCUGCCCGCGCCUCAUUUUGGACUCUACAAUCACCGUGAGGAACACCACGGCCAGGGCCUUCACCCAGCUGUUCAGCCAACUGCCACCCUUCAUUCGCGCCAAUCCCAUCCCUGCCCGAGAGCUGGCUGACCUCUUCCUGAGCCCCCGACGCUGGCAGAGAAAUGCCCUGCCGCCCCUUCUGCCCCAGGGCUUGCGGUUCACCCCCGGCUUCUGGCUGAUCCUAUGUGAGUUCUUUGGUGUCCGGGGCACCCGCGCUCAGCCUGGCCGUCAUGCUCUGCGCCACGAACGGUACUUGGAGCUGCACGUCGUUGGAGAUGAGGAUGUCGUCUUGCGAGAAGCCCUGCAAGACGACCUGCAACGUUACCGUCAGAGUGGCCUGCAUGACGGCCUGCAAGACACCUCGCAGGACGCGCAGGACAACGACGUGCAGGAGACCCUGUCCCCCCGUGAGGCCGAGGCCGCGGAGGCCCCGAUCUACCCACGUGGCCUGAUGGACCCGGAUGUCCUCGACAUCCUCAACAGCCGCCUGCUCUACGUGCCCAGCCCCGGCGGUCAGCUCAGGCUGCUCACCCGGGAGCAGGUUGCCCAGUCCCUAACCCAGUUCCUCACCAUCCUCUACUCACGGGUGGCACAUGCACCCACCCCUGCUGCACAGCAGCCUGAAGGGGAAGCGAGGCUGGAAGAGCUCCCCGACCUUGAGGAUGACGAACUCGACUGA